GUUGCUGGUCCGAGCCAUCGGGCGGCCGGAUCCCGGGCUUCCUGGAGAUUCCCGGAGAUUCCCGGAUAUUCCCGGAUCGCCGCCCCAUCCCUGUCUCCAUCCGUCCGCCCUCCGGCCCGGGAUGAGGCGGUGACAGAGCCGGGAACGCCGAGCUGGGGCCCGGGCGGCGGAGGAGGGUGAGGCACAGGCCGUGCCCGGGUCACUAUGUGUGCGUCAGUCAAGUACAACAUCCGGGGUCCUGCCCUCAUCCCAAGGAUGAAGACCAAGCAUCGCAUCUACUACAUCGCACUCUUCUCCAUCGUCCUGCUGGGACUCAUCGCCACGGGCACGUUCCAGUUCUGGCCCCACUCCAUCGAGUCCUCCAGCGAGUGGACCGUGGAGAAACGCAGCGUCCACGACGUGCCGUUGGUCAGGCUGCCGGCGGACAGCCCCAUCCCGGAGCGGGGGGACCUCAGCUGCAGGAUGCACACCUGUUUUGAUGUCUAUCGUUGUGGGUUCAACCCCAAGAACAAGAUCAAGGUCUACAUCUACUCCCUGAAGAAGUACGUGGAUGAAUUUGGCAUCCCAGUCAGCGAUACAAUCUCCCGGGAGUACAACGAACUGCUGACGGCCAUCUCGGACAGUGAAUUCUACACUGACGACAUAAACCGGGCCUGCCUCUUCGUGCCGUCUAUCGAUAUGCUUAACCAGAACACUCUGCGCAUUAAAGAGACAGCCCAGGCACUAGCCCAGCUUCCCAGGUGGGAUCGGGGCACUAACCAGCUACUGUUCAACAUGCUGCCUGGGGGACCCCCAGAUUACAAUACAGCCCUGGAUGUCCCCAGAGACAGGGCUCUGCUGGCUGGUGGUGGCUUCUCCACGUGGACGUACAGGCAAGGCUACGAUGUCAGCAUUCCUGUAUAUAGUCCAUUGUCAGCUGAGGUCGAUUUACCAGACAGAGGACCCGGCCCCCGAAGAUAUUUUCUCCUGUUAUCCCAGAUGGGUCUCCACUCUGAGUACCUCUCCGACUUAGAGACUCUCCAAGCUAAGUAUGGGGAGACGGUGCUGGUCCUGGACAAAUGCACCAACCUGUCAGAUGGAGUCGUGUCCUUCCGUAAGCGCUGCCACAGGAACCAGGUCUUUGAUUACCCCCAGGUCCUGCAGGAAGCCACAUUCUGCGUGGUGCUGCGAGGGGCUCGGUUGGGCCAGGCGGUUCUGAGUAAUGUGCUGCAGGCUGGCUGCGUCCCGGUCAUCCUGGCGGAUUCCUACAUCCUGCCCUUUUCCGAGGUUUUGGACUGGAAGAGAGCAUCUGUAGUUAUUCCAGAAGAAAAAAUGCCAGAGAUGUACAGCAUCUUGCAGAGCAUUCCACAGAGGCAAAUUGAGGAAAUGCAGAGACAGGCAAGAUGGUUCUGGAAAGCAUACUUCCAGUCCAUGAAAGCGAUUGCCCUGGCCACCCUCCAGAUUAUCAAUGACAGGAUCUACCCGUAUGCUGCCAUCUCCUACGAAGAAUGGAACAAUCCUCCAGCUGUUAAAUGGAGCAGCGUGAACAAUCCCCUGUUCCUCCCACUUAUCCCACCACAGUCCCAGGGCUUCACGGCAAUCGUCCUAACCUACGACCGGGUGGAGAGCCUUUUUAGGGUCAUCACCGAGGUAUCGAAGGUGCCAAGCCUCUCCAAGCUGCUCGUCGUCUGGAACAACCAGAACAAAAACCCCCCAGAAGACUCUCUCUGGCCCAAGAUCCGGGUUCCUUUGAAAGUAGUAAGGACCACCGAAAAUAAACUGAGUAACCGUUUUUUCCCAUACAAUGAGAUUGAAACAGAGGCGGUGCUGGCGAUUGAUGAUGAUAUCAUCAUGCUGACCUCGGACGAGCUGCAGUUUGGCUAUGAGGUUUGGCGAGAGUUUCCCGACAGGCUGGUGGGUUACCCAGGCCGCCUGCAUCUUUGGGACCAUGAGAUGAGCAAGUGGAAAUAUGAGUCUGAGUGGACCAAUGAAGUUUCCAUGGUGCUCACUGGAGCAGCAUUUUAUCAUAAGUAUUUUAACUACCUGUACACCUACAAAAUGCCUGGAGACAUCAAGAACUGGGUGGAUGCCCAUAUGAACUGUGAAGAUAUUGCCAUGAAUUUUCUGGUGGCCAACGUCACAGGGAAAGCUGUCAUUAAGGUAACCCCACGCAAGAAAUUCAAGUGUCCUGAGUGCACAGCCAUAGAUGGGCUCUCGCUGGACCAGACUCAUAUGGUGGAAAGGUCCGAAUGCAUCAACAAGUUUGCCUCAGUCUUCGGCACCAUGCCUCUCAAAGUGGUAGAGCACCGAGCUGACCCUGUCCUGUACAAAGACGACUUCCCUGAGAAGCUGAAGAGCUUCCCCAACAUUGGCAGCUUGUGAGAAAACCCAACGCAGAGCAAGGGAAGGAUUAGAGCACAACAGAAACUCCCUCUGCCUGUGGGGGAAGUGGUUGUCAGGAUGAGUCUUUUAAAUAUCAGGUUCUGGAGCCUGGAACCUAUUUUACCUACCCUGGAAUUGGAAAGCGGACCUGAGAGGCUGUAGACGUGUUUCGCACAAUGGGACACUCGCUGGCCCACAUCACCUGUCGUCCUUCAGUGGCUCAUGUUGAAAGUGUGAUAUUCAUUCAAUCAUUCAUUCAAUCGUAUUUAUUGAGCACUUACUGCGUGCAGAGCACUGUACUAAGCUCUUGGAAAGUACAAUUCGGCAACAGAUAGAGACAAUCCCUUCCAAAUAACGGGCUUCCAGUCUAGAUAUGUCUUUGGCAAAGUCUAGCCCCCCUCAGAACUGGAUUUGCAAGACAUCUGGCCUGCUGCUUCCAUCGUCCCUUGCCGGUACAUCCCAGCCUCUGUUCAGGUUCAGUACCAUGCCCCAUAUGGAAGGAAACUUCAUCAGAAAGUUCUUCACCCUACAGAUGGCCCAGGACAUAGCCUGUUCAUGAAUUUUAAUUUGAGGGAAUCAUGCUUAGUGAUUCCCGAUUUCACUUUUAAUUACUACAGAUUGUAGUCUCAACAGCAUUUUCUCUUUAGAGAAGAAACAAUGCAAGAAUGGAGCUAGAGCUUUGAUCAGAUUAAACCAGUGGUAGCACGACUGAGUUCAUCCAGCGUAGGGAGGAAGGGGAGCUGCUGGGUUAUGGUCUCAUGGGUCGUUUGGACCACUGCUGUUGAUUUGGUUUUUAACCUAAUUAAAUGUAUUUUUUACUGGU